GUGAGAGCAGCGUGGGGCUGCCCCUCCCCGGAGGCGGCGGGGGCGGCCGAGGCCGCGCCGUACCGCUUCAUGCGGACGGCCAUGGAGCGCGCUUAGGGUCCGACAGGAAUUGUGGGGGCAUUUCAGUGAAGAAAUGUGCAAUCAUGGAAUCGCCUUGCUAACUAUCACCACCUGCUCUCCUUGAUAAGCGAGCAAGGCAGUGGGUCGGAGGAGAAGGAAAGAAGGUCAACAUGAAGCUAAAGCAGCGAGUCGUGCUCUUAGCAAUACUCCUUGUCAUCUUUAUCUUCACCAAAGUUUUCCUGAUUGACAACUUAGAUACAUCAGCUGCCAACCGGGAGGACCAGAGGGCUUUUCACAGAAUGAUGACUGGCUUGCGGGUAGAGCUGGUGCCCAAGCUGGACCACACUUUGCAAUCUCCAUGGGAGAUAGCAGCCCAAUGGGUAGUUCCCCGGGAAGUGUACCCUGAAGAGACACCAGAACUGGGGGCAAUCAUGCAUGCCAUGGCCACCAAGAAAAUCAUUAAAGCUGAUGUGGGCUAUAAAGGGACACAGUUAAAAGCUUUACUGAUACUUGAAGGAGGACAGAAAGUUGUCUUCAAACCUAAGCGGUAUAGCCGAGACUAUAUAGUAGAAGGAGAGCCAUAUGCUGGUUAUGAUAGACACAAUGCAGAAGUUGCAGCUUUUCAUUUGGACAGGAUUCUGGGCUUCCGCCGAGCCCCCUUGGUGGUUGGCAGAUUUGUUAAUCUUCGAACAGAGAUCAAGCCUGUCGCCACGGAGCAGCUGCUGAGCACCUUCCUAACUGUAGGAAACAAUACUUGUUUUUAUGGGAAAUGCUAUUACUGCCGAGAAACAGAGCCAGCAUGUGCUGAUGGAGACACAAUGGAGGGAUCUGUUACACUUUGGCUUCCAGAUGUGUGGCCUCUGCAGAAACAUCGACACCCCUGGGGGAGAACUUACAGAGAAGGCAAAUUGGCCAGGUGGGAGUAUGAUGAGAGCUAUUGUGAUGCUGUGAAGAAAACGUCCCCAUAUGACUCAGGCCCACGCCUCUUAGACAUCAUUGACACUGCAGUCUUUGAUUACCUGAUUGGCAAUGCUGACCGCCAUCACUAUGAGAGCUUUCAAGAUGAUGAAGGCGCUAGUAUGCUAAUCCUUCUUGAUAAUGCCAAAAGCUUUGGGAACCCCUCGCUGGAUGAGAGAAGCAUUCUUGCCCCUCUCUAUCAGUGUUGCAUCAUUCGGGUUUCUACCUGGAACAGACUGAACUACCUUAAGAAUGGAGUGCUAAAGUCUGCCUUAAAAUCUGCCCUGGCCCAUGACCCCAUCUCCCCUGUGCUGUCUGAUUUUCACCUGGAUGCUGUGGACCAGCGGCUCCUGAAUGUCCUGGCCACCAUAAAGCAGUGCACUGACCAAUUUGGGAUGGACACUGUGCUGGUGGAAGAUAGAAUGCCUCUCUCCCACUUGUGAUUUUCAACAAAAAAUUAGUGAAACAUUUUUACAAAGAUAGAAAAAAA